AUGGCAACAUGAUCUAAUCUUAAUUUACAAAAUAGAGCAUCCCCUUUAAUAGAACAAAUUAUUUUUUUUCAUGAUCAUACUUUAAUUAUUUUAAUUAUAAUUACAAUUUUAGUAGGAUAUUUAAUAUCAAGUCUUUUACUUAAUAAAUAUAUUAACCGAUUUUUACUAGAAGGUCAAAUAAUUGAAUUAAUCUGAACUAUUUUACCAGCAAUUACAUUAAUUUUUAUUGCUUUACCAUCUUUACGUUUACUAUAUUUACUAGAUGAACUUAAUAAUCCUUUAAUUACUUUAAAAUCUAUUGGCCAUCAAUGAUAUUGAAGCUAUGAAUAUUCUGAUUUUCAUAAUAUUGAAUUUGAUUCUUAUAUAAUUUCACCUAAUGAAAUAUCAAAUAAUAAUUUUCGUUUAUUAGAUGUUGAUAAUCGAAUUAUUUUACCUAUAAAUAAUCAAAUUCGAAUUAUAGUUACUGCUACAGAUGUAAUUCAUUCAUGAACAAUUCCUUCAUUAGGAGUAAAAGUAGAUGCAAACCCUGGUCGUCUAAACCAAACUAAUUUUUUUAUUAAUCGACCAGGAAUUUUUUAUGGUCAAUGUUCAGAAAUUUGUGGAGCUAAUCAUAGUUUCAUACCAAUUGUAAUUGAAAGAAUUUCAAUUAAAAAUUUCAUUAAUUGAAUUAAUAAUUAUUCUU